AUGAAGAUGCAGAUGAUGAUGCAGCUGCUGCUGCUGGUGGUGGUGGUGUUGCUGGUUGUGGUACAAAUGAGUUUUGCAGUUGAGUGUGGUUGUGAAAAUGAAAUAAAAAUAAGAAAAAAAUGGCUAACGAGCAUGACAGAGAAAGAAAACGAAAGAACCAUCACCAUGAACACUGGGAAAGGCAAACAUGUUAUUCACGCAUCCAUCCGAUGGUGGUACUGGACAAGAGGGAAGGCUCUUGCAGUCAAACCCGGUAACCAUUUGUUUGUAGAUGUCCUUGUCAAGUUUGAGAAAGUAAAAUAG